UCGGCUUUUUGUUGCCGACGUUUACCGACCGAUCGCCUAUUAAUAGGCUUUUUGUUGCCGAUGCUUACCGACCGAUCGCCUAUUAAUCGGCUUUUAUAUCGCGCGUACCUAAAAACAGCCGAGCGCUUGGUUCCCACGGCAAUUAACAAUUGUUACUUGUUUAACUUGUUUUAUUGAGAUACAUUGCUCAUUUGCGUUCAUUGCGUUGCUUCGUAAACUCGGAUUUUCACACCGUUUUUAAAAAAUUUACCGUUUACGAUGAGCGAAAAAAAUUGUAUUGGAGAGUUUUAUUUAUCAGAUUGUCCUCACAGUUAUUCAGGAAGUGAUAGUGGUGACGAAAGUGAUGGGAGCGAUAUAAUAAUUCGAAAACGGGAUUCUGUAUUGCCACUAAGAUGUAGUGAUUUAGAAGACGACGAGAUAAGUAACAACGAAGACGAUACAAAUAACAUUGAAGAUGACGAUGAUAUAUGGUUGACAGAAGAUGAAGCAGUAAUUUUGGAACCUUUUGAAGGCAGCCCUGGCAUAAAAAUUAUGCCUAGUUCUACAGAAAAUGUGAUGGAUAGCGUCAAUUUAUUUAUUGGAAUGGACUUUUUCGAACACUUAGUGAAGGAAUCCAACAGAUAUCAUUACCAGACGAUACAAAAGUAUAAAAUUCCAUCAAGAGCGAAAAAGUGGACAGAUAUAACGGUAACGGAAAUGAAAAAAUUUUUAGGAGUAAUAGUUCUAAUGGGUCAGGUAAAAAAAGACGUGUUCUACGACUAUUGGUCAACAGAUCCAAGUAUAGAAACUCCAUUCUUUUCGCAAGUCAUGAGCAGAAACAGAUUUGUGCAAAUAAUGCAGAGCUGGCAUUUUUGCAAUAACGACAACAUCCCUCACAAUGCACAUAGGCUUGCUAAAAUCCAGCCUGUCAUUGAUUAUUUACAGCAAAAAUUUAACGAUGUAUAUAUCAGCAAUUAUCUUUGGAUAAAUGUAUAGUUCUGUGGAGAGGUCGGUUAUCCAUUAAAACGUACAAUCCGGCAAAAAUUACA